GCGCGGCCCGCGCUGGCGCGUUUCGGUUCCGGGCCGGCGCUGCGGGCCCUUCCCACCCCCGGCAGGGGAAGGGGGCAACAAGUUUUCUUCUUACUACAUCAGAAGACAAAAAGAAGGCAGCACCCCCAUUUCCUUCCCACUGCAUGCAACUCACAGCACUCCAGUAGAGUGGUGCACCUGCAGCUGGGACAGCCAUGGAGAAGAGUGGGAACAUUCAGCUGGAGAUUCCCAACUUCAGUAACUCUGUCCUGAGCCACCUGAACCAGCUGCGCAUGCAGGGCCGGCUGUGUGACAUCGUGGUCAACGUGCAGGGCCAGGCUUUCCGUGCGCACAAGGUGGUGCUGGCCGCCAGCUCCCCCUACUUCCGCGACCACAUGUCCCUGAACGAGAUGAGCACCGUGUCCAUCUCCGUCAUCAAGAACCCUUCCGUGUUCGAGCAGCUCCUCUCCUUCUGCUACACGGGCAGGAUAUGUCUGCAGCUGGCUGACAUCAUCAGCUACCUGACAGCUGCCAGCUUCUUGCAGAUGCAGCACAUCAUAGACAAAUGCACGCAGAUACUCGAGGGGAUUCAUUUCAAAAUUAACGUGGCCGAGGUGGAAGCGGAGUUGAGCCAGAGCAGGACGAAGCAUCAGGAGAGGCCGCCCGAGUCUCACCGGGUGACGCCGACUCUGAACCGUCCCCUGAGCCCCCGCCACAACGCCCCCAAGGGGAGCCGCCUGGGCCAGGUCAGCACCGUGCUGGACAUUCGGGAGCUGAGCCCGCCCGAGGAAUCCACCAGCCCCCAGAUCAUCGAGCAGAGCUCCGAUGUGGAAGGCAGGGAGCCCAUCCUGCGCAUCAACAGGGCGGGACAGUGGUACGUGGAGACGGGCAUGGGAGAGCGCGGGGCGCAGAACGACGAGGAGGUGCGCGUGCUGGGAGGAGUGCGCAUAAAGACGGAAAACCUGGAGGAGUGGCUGGGGACGGAGCACCAGCCCUCGGGAGAGGAUGGCAGCAGCGCUGAGGAGGUCACGGCCAUGGUGAUCGACACCACGGGCCACGGAUCCCUGGGCCAGGAGGCCUUUGCCUUAGGCUCCUCUGGAGCCAAAGUGGUCAGGCCCACCAGCAGUGAGAUCGACAGGUUUAGCCCUUCUGGCAGCAUGGUUGCUGUGACUGAGAGGUACAGAUCGAAAAGCGAGUCUCCGGGGCGGAUGGAUGAGCCUAAGCAGCCCAGUUCCCAGGGGGAGGAAUCAGCCAUGCUGGGAGUGAGCGGUUACGUGGAGUAUCUGCGGGAGCAGGAGGUUUCCGAGCGCUGGUUCCGGUACAACCCACGGCUCACGUGCAUUUACUGCGCCAAAUCCUUCAACCAGAAGGGCAGCCUGGACCGGCACAUGCGGCUGCACAUGGGCAUCACCCCUUUCGUGUGCCGCAUGUGCGGGAAGAAGUACACCCGCAAGGAUCAGCUGGAGUAUCACAUCCGCAAGCACACGGGCAACAAGCCCUUCCACUGCCACGUGUGCGGCAAAAGCUUCCCUUUCCAGGCCAUCCUCAACCAGCACUUUCGCAAGAACCACCCCGGCUGUCUGCCCCUGGAGGGGCCCCACAGCAUCUCCCCCGAGACCACCGUCACGUCCCGGGGGCAGGCAGAGGAGGAAUCUCCUCCGCAGGAGGAGGCUGUGGCCGUGGGGGAGACGGCCCAGGGCUCUGUGUCCACCACCGGGCCGGAUUGAAGUGCCAGGAGAAAGGACAGUCUUCCCAUUCCUGGCUCUAAAGAGUCAGCACCGACCCGGCAGGCUGGUACUGUAAUUAGUGCAAUGCCACCACCGAACAGAAAGAAGCUCCCAAGAUGUUGCCAAAAUAGAAAAAUCUCUCUCUUUCUCUCUCUUCCUCUCACACACCCACACACACACCCAUAGAGUGUUAAAUGUUUUUCUCCCUUAUUCCUCCUCCUCUUGGAGAAAAACAGAACAACUGUGUCAAUCAACUUCUUAUUCAGGGAUCGACAGGAUUUUAAAAUUUUUUUACUGUUCUGUAGUGAUCUGGGACAAGCAGUCAUUUGUAUUUCUGGACAGCGCUGUGGCCCAGCAGGGCGUCCCGCCGGCGGUGCCGGGUUCAGCCACAGAGCCAUAUCCAUGCUCCCGCUCGAGGGGAGAGCAGGGGCAAGGGGCUGUUGCCUUUCUCCCUUCCCCAGGUAGUUGCCACAGCAAAGAAAACAAAAAUACUGUCCUGGUGGAGCUUGCCUUGCCCGAGUGUAUUUAUCCUUGUCUUAUUUUGGUGUGUCUCUUUACAUGUUUAUUUAAACUGUUAUUUUAGGGCUUUGGGCUUGCCCGUUCCAGGCAUGUAGCCCUGGUGCCCCUUGUUAAAGUGGACACAGCUACAAAGUGGAAUUCCAGAGAUCAGCAAAAUGUGAAGGAAGUACUUCAGCUACUGAGAGUGGAAUUUAGCAGCUGUGAGGUUUGCAUGAGACUCUGAUGCAUUGGGAGAAGGGUUGAAGGGGUUUUCCAGAGGAGGUUGUCCUCUGCUGGUGCUGAUCUGGAGAGCUCAGAGCACUCUGAGAUCCCGGCUGGAGCGCUGCCAUGCUUCAGGUGGUGCCAAGGAUUAGGAAGAGAUUUUCUGGAGUUGCUGAAUUGCAGAGUUAGGGGCUGGCUACCAAAGUCCUCUUUCACCCCUGCUCCCCCCUCGACACACACUUGAUCUUUUAGAACAGCAAUACGGGAUAUGGGAAUACUGCAAUGCUGUUGUCACAGCCGAGCAAUCGCAGGUGGUUGCUUUUAAACCUGUUUCUACAAACUAGUUUGAUAACUUUUUUAUCAAUGAAACGCAAAAAGAAAAGAGAACCUUACUCUAUUUCCUUAUAACAGUUCAGGAGACUUAAAAGUGAACAGUUCCUAGAGCAAUCACAACUCUGUCCCCUUGCAUGGACUUAACAUUUUUGUAUUCUGAGUAGCUCUGAUGUUUAGAGCAAGUUUAGCAAACCUGGAGAGACAUGCCUGCGUGUGUAUUGUAGGUGUUUGCACGAGCUUACAUGGUUCAUAACCAGAAAAGCAUGGGACAGGCAGAUAAGUGCAAAUAUCCUGACAUCUUUUUUUAAAAAAAUAUGCAAUAUUUUAAGAGUUUUCUCUAGUUCUGAUGCCAAGUUGUUCAUGAUGAAGGGGGGGAAUGGACGACAGGUUGCGUAUAUCAGGUUUGGUGAAGGAGUUCUCUUGAGGAUGUAUAAUGUGUACAUGAUGAGGAAGGGUGAAGUUCUGAACCUUAAGGUGAUGGGAGGAACAAGGAGACAUUGAAAAAGAAAUACACUUCCUCUUGCUUCAGUGAGAAAGCUGGAUGAGAGGUUAGAGCUGGGGCACAGCAGGCAGGAGACUGACCAAGUGACAAUAAAGCUUGGCCUGCUGUCUGACUGCAGUUUUGGGCACAUGGAAACAUCUCCAGCCCUUGCUUUCCCAUCUGCAAAUUGGUACUUGGGAUCAUUUUCCUGCCCCUUUGGAGGGAAUAAUUUGGAGAAGGGUGAUGUAUUCUUGCCUUGAUUUAUAGAUUUUUUUUAUGUGUGAGGAGUCUCACUGUUCCUCCCAUCUCUCUCUCUCAAAAAGAGAUGUGGCUCUAAUGCGUUUUUGUGUGUGGGAAAGGGCUCGGUGCCAGCAUCACAGGGAUGUGUAACAGGGAUGUGAUCCUACAAGAGGAACCUUUGCAGGUGUUCUGAGCUGGGUACCUGCAAAGUGCCAUUUCAUUGACCAUUUCAAACAGGAAAACUGAUAUUUCACCUCCGUUUUCCUUCUGUGCCUUCUUCCUCCUCUCCUGUCAAGGGCAUCCAUCACACAGGGAGUGAUUUGGCCACCCCAACAACCAGCUCCGUCAGGUUUCCUGGCAAAGGUCAAACAUCACGGUACCAAAACACUGAGGUUGCCAGAGAGAAGUGGCAGAGGAUGAGGUGAGAGGGUGGCCAAGGUAGGUUUUGUUGCAAUCAAGGUGCAGGGAGGAGUGGAGAUGUGCUGCUUUAGUCAUAGCUUUUGAAGUUACCAAAAAUGAAAAAAAAAAAGUUAAAAACUUUGAAAUCCUAUCCUGUUCACACUAGAGAGCAUAAAAAGUUACUUUUAGUUGCUUAAAAGAUUUUUAAGUGUUUUAAAAUAGAAAUUUUAAAAGAAUACUACCAAACUAUAAAAACAUAAAAUUAUUUAUAUACAUAUAUUAUAUAAAAUAUAGUGGGAAAGUUUCCCUGCUAAGCUUGCUGUGAAGAGAAGGGUGAAGGUGCAGUAACUGCUACACAAGCAACAUUUCUCUGAGACAGAUGGCAACCAUAGUGAGGAAGGGCUGACAUAAAAUGGUGAAUGCCUUUGUUCCCAUGGCAUAACUGUGAGUUUCUUGAGCAGUUUUUUAUUUUACUGUAUCAAUACUGUGAAAGGAGAAGCAUCCAAACAGUACAGGAUGCCAACAGCGUGUCCUGUUUGCUGAUUCACUACUUCAAGUGGCCUGGUGAAAACCAUGAAAUUAAUCCUUCAUACCUUACUAGGCUGAAAACAAAGCUUGUGAAAGAUUUUUCUUUUUUCCUCCUUUAUGUUUGCUUUUCUUUUUGGGUUUUUGUUGGUUUUUUGUUUUGUGCAGAGGUUGCCACUGUAUAAAUGAUCAUUUCUGAUUGCAUGCAAAAGAGCCAAUAUUCUUGCCCAGGCCUCGCUGAGGUGAAGUUUAUAGCUUGUAGCUAGAGUCAGUAUAAGGUAUGGUAGUGGGAAUCAUUUUGGUAUUAUUUCUGUACAUUUAAUGGAUGUGUAUGUAUGUGUGGGAAUCAUGGUGUCUAAUAUUUCUUGAACAGUGCUGAAACCAGUUCAGGCCCAUCCGCACUAGGCAGUGGAACCAGUUCUGAAGGAAUCGUUAUUGAACAUUUCUUUCAAGGGUCGACUUCCUGAGUGCAGAUGAGACCAAGGUUCGAGAAAAAAGGGGUUGGAGGUGCUGUACGGUAUGGAGGAACCUCAUGUGAAUUUUCUGGCAGUGGUGUAGCUACUUUAGAGGUGCUUUCCCUAACAGAAUGAUACUGUGUCCUGUUGCCUCUGCGUUGGUGUGGCUCUUUACAGUUGCACCAAAGCUGUGGAGAAUCAGAUGCCAACUUUCCAAGUGUGAAUGCUUCUGUGAUGGGUUGAGGCACAGCUUUGCAUUCCCACAUCUAGCUGCAUCUUGUUCUGCCAAAACUGUGAUUUCAACUGUGAUUUAAGGAGGAUGUGAAGAGAACUCUUGUGUUUUAAUACCUCUGUACGUUACAUUUUUGUCUGCUUUAGAGUUAGGGCUUACUAACCCAUUUGUUUUCUUGCCUCAGGCAACAGGGAGAACACACUCUGGUUUUACAGUUUGCUUUCUUGGAGGUGGACAUAUUUCUUAGUUCUUUGCUGCCAAAGAACUCACCUCCCAAAUGUGAAGAGUUGUGGUUAUCUCCUUAAGCCUGCAGCAAGCCCUGGUGCCACGUGUCAGCCAAGUGACAUGAUGGUUGCCACGGCUGUUCCCUGCUGCUGCCAGGUUACCUGUGAAUAGCUGUGAAAAUAGCAAGAAUUGUGUUAAUACUGUGUUGCUGCUUUGGAGAAAAGCUAAACCUCUUUGUCUCAGGAGGAUGACUGAUGUGAUGCUGGGAAA